UCCUGAACGGAGCUCUCAAAUGGCUGCCGCAAAAAUCUCCGUCGCAGUCGCCGUCACCGUCCUUUUAGCUGUUUUCUUCUUUAACCGAGCCGAAUCGCAGUUUCUCUGCAAGCAAUCCUCCUGCCGUGGAGAUUUCUCGGUGGCUGUUCGAUUCCCGUUCCGACUGAAGAACACGCAGGAUUUUCGUUGUGGAUUCAAGCCGGAUUUUGACCUGUACUGCAACAAUCGGAGGCAGACGAUUUUGAAUCUCCCGGACGCCGGCGACGUCGUGGUGUUGUUCAUCGAUUACAAAUCUCAGAGUUUGUGGAUCAACGAUCCGGAUCAAUGCUUUCCGAGACGACUCCUAAUCGACUCUUUCGAUCUAAAAACCUCGCCGUUCACUUCCUACUACCGAUCCGAACCCUACACCGUCCUCAAUUGUUCGUAUCCCGUUGAAACGCUGCCGUUUGAUCGCGUACGGAAGAUCAAAUGUAUGAGCGGCGGAAACUACUCUGUUAUCACCGUGCCGAACAGAGACCUAGAUAUGGUUAACGCUUUCCUGCCGUCGCAGUGUAACGUUAUUGCGACAAGGAAGCUUCCAUCGACAAGGAUGGAACUCGAAGACGGAAUGGUAGUGAAGUGGAGCAAUCCGAACUGCGGAAAUUGCGAGGCGCGCGGUGGAGAUUGUGGAUUCAAAAGCAAUUCGAGUGCUGCAAUCCAGUGUUUCAAUCUUCCGAAGAGCGGGAUUCCAAGGGGUGCGAAAUACGGGUUGAUCAUCGGCGUGGGGAUCCCGGGCCUCCUUUUUAUAAUUGGGCUGGGCUGUUAUGUCUGCGGCAAAUUCAAGGCCUUCACUCGGCCCAAUCGUCCAACAACAAACCUCUCCCUCUCAAUGGGCCACCAACCCACUUCCGCCGUAGCAGGCCUCGACAAGCCGACCAUCGAAUCCUUCCCCAAGACACAAUUGGGCGAGAGCCGACGACUGCCAAAGCCCAACGACACCACCUGCGCAAUUUGCCUGUCGGAGUAUCAGCCGAAGGAAACCAUCAGAACCAUACCAGACUGUCGUCACUUUUUCCAUUCUAAUUGCAUCGAUGAGUGGCUUAAAUUAAAUGCCACGUGUCCAGUAUGCCGGAACUCGCCCGAGGAUUCCUCCGCUGCCUCUACCCCUUCUCGGACGGUGUCCAUGUCGGUGUCCAUGUCACCAAGAUCGGUGGCAUCGUUGCCACGUCAUGAGUAAUGAAGUUUUAAGUAUGGUUGUUCAAUUGUUUUGCAUUUUGUGUAUAUGUAGAUCAACUUUCAUGCUUUCAAUCCUAGCAUAAUUUUGAUGUGUGGUUGAA